GUUCACUCCGAAGUGAGUGAACUUCCAUGGACGAUUGAAGUCCUCUUGACUGUCGGUCAUUUGAACCUUUUUGGUCAACUUUUUCUGGACGGACAUGGAAGCCGUCAGCACGUGGAGUCCCCAACAAGUGCUGGACUGGAUGAAAGGUGUGGACGACAGCCUGCGGCAGUACCUCCCGGCCUUCGGGUGGCGGCGGGUGGACGGCGAGACGCUUCUCAAAUUGACUCACCGAGAACUGUCCGCGAUGGGCGUGGUCAAAAUCGGGCAUCAGGAGCUGCUACUAGAGGCCGUCGACCUGCUGUGCGCGCUGAACCGCGGCGUGGAGUCGGACAACUUGAAGACCUUGGCGGGAAAGAUGAGGCUGGCCCACCGCGACCUGAGCGGCGCCGUAACACGGCGCCGAAAGAACCCGGGCCACGGGUCGCGUCGGCCCGCUAACGACUUCCUGGCCGCCGUGGUGGAGCUGAUCGCCGUUGCCAAGAGUCUGUUGGCCUGGCUGGACAGGACGAGCGCCAGCGAUUUCACGUCCACCAAAAGCGACAUCGUCCAACUGUGUCUGGAGCUCACCUCCGCUGUUCAGAAGGAUUUGACUGUUUAUGACAUGGAAGAGAAGAGUCUACAAGUGUCCGAGGCUCUGAACAAUCUGUGCGAGAAGACGAGCCAGGCGACCUCCGAGCCUUCCGGGAGCGAGCGCUCGUGCGUGGAGGAAGUCUGCAUCUCCGACAUCAAGCCCGGCGAAGGCCUGGGGAUCUACAUCAAGUCCACUUAUGACGGACUUCACGUCGUCACAGGAACCAUCGAGAACUCGCCCGCAGAUAAAACCAAGCGGAUCCACGCCGGCGACGAGGUGGUCCGAGUCAACGAGCAGACGGUGGUGGGCUGGCGGCUCGACCACCUGGUGGCCAAGUUGAGGGGGGAGUCGGGAAAUGUGCGUCUGCUGCUGAAAAAGAGGCCGUCGGGAACGGGCGCCGCCUUCGCCCCCGCGCCGUUCAAGAACACGCGAUGGAGAGCCCCGCGUCACCUCGUAACGUCGGACGGACGUUCGCCUCAUCGGGCCUCGUCCGACCUCCCGCGAUGGCGUCCUCCUCGCGCUUCGGACGCCGACCGGCCGGACGUCUCGGACCCGCGCGUCCCCCCUCCGCCCGUCGCCGAGACGAGUCGGCGUCUCGACGCGUGUCCGGAUCCUGACGACGGGACCGUCGGCCCGGAUGACGCCUGGCGAACGCGGCCCCCAGUCCCGGUUCCGGUCCGACUGAGACAGCGCUCCGUUGCCCGAGGUAAACCCCGGCCCGCGUCCAUGCCGGCCGACGUUCUCUCCGCCGUGUCUUGCCAGCGUAGCGCUCCGGGAUGGCAAGGCCCCCGUCCACUCCAGCGCUACCUGAGUAACGACGGCAUCGGCGAGGACCCGCGCUUCCCGCCGGCGUACCGGCGCAGCCCGUCGGUCCGCGGCGUCGACCGCAUCCGAGGCAGCCGCCGCCAGCUUGACGUGCGCCAGCGGGAAGUUUCGCCGGAGAAGACGACAGCCGCCCCUGGCAAACGCUCCGCAUCGCUGCUGGGAGGCUGGCUGGCUCGCCUCCGGCUGCUCAGCCACUGAUGACAAAGAUUGAGGAACUCCGUUGACGUGCGGUCCAUUUGAACCGGGAACGUCGGCGGAUUCAAAAUUGAACCGCUGUCGAGGGAUGAAAACAAAAAGCAUUGAUCGAUGGUUUACCCGCACGCGAGAACGUUGGACUUUUUCUAUGUAUUUUACACAAUAUAAACAGUAGUAAGCCUCCAGGGGUGUGUUCUUCAAGGGCCGCUUUCAGAAAAAGCAAAGGAGGCGAGGUCUAAUUUGAAAUUUCAUUUGGUACACUGUGCACAAACACACAAGUCAAGGCUGUUUCAGUCAGUCGGGAUGACCGGAGUUAUUUCACAAAAAUGAGAAUUUCUCCAAGAUGAAGUUUACAUAUACAAAACGUCCAGAUGAUGAAGCUCCCGUUAGGUUCCUUGACAACAUUCCGUGUUUCACAUGGUGGCAAAAUCCAAAGAAAUGGCCCAUCUUUUCUGUGCUCCAAAACCAAGUCCAACACGCGGGUUCGUUCAGAAGUGGAGUUGGGCAAAGCCCGCCACGGGGAGCUGCGCCGGCUUCUUUUUUUGUAGCUUGAGGCCGGCGGCCAUUUCGGGCUCUUCCAGGCGGCUGGGGUGCAGCAACGCCAUAAACAGGAAGCGCUCGCCCAUCUCCGCGCCGUCCAUCAACACCCGGUAGCUGGCGGUCAGCUGCUCCCGGGCGGAUCGGUCGCAGUUUCUCAGCAGGACCUGGGCCCGAAAGUCACGCGUGAGUGGCCACCGGAGCUCGGUAGUAACACGUUACAUUUAUUUGAGUAACAUGUACAGUGGGGAGAACAAGUAUUUGAUACACUGUCAAUGGGAAAACCCAUUGGCAUCCCCACUGUACUUCCAAGAGAAGUAAAAAGUCUGGCUGAGUAAAACAUUUGAGUUGGUUUGUGAUGAAGAAACGCUCCUCUUACUCCACUACACUAGUCAUUACAUUUGUCUUUAUUCUACUGUAAAUAUUAGACUUUUUUUUCCAGCAAUGCCAACAGUAGCAGUUUCUCCAAUGAGACGUUGCAACAAAUCAUCAAAACUCUGCUUGCCGUUCUAUGAUCACGCCGGCCCGUUCAAUCGCGUGGAGUCUAUUUAAAGUGCCGGUAAAACAAAGUAUGGUGCUGGCCAAAAGUAUUGGCACCCCUGCCAUUCUGUCAGAUAAUGCUCCAUUUCUCCCAGGAAAUGACAAAUGCUUUGGUAGUAAUAUCUUCAUUUAUUUUGCUUGCAAUGAAAAAACCCAAAAGAGAAUGGAAAAAAAAGCAUGAUCAUUCUACACAAAACUCCCAAACUGGGCAAGUAUUGGCACCCUCAGCCUACUAGUCUUCAGACUUCAUAAUCCCAUGCACGCGGUCAAGCAGUCCAGUGCCAAAGGCAGCAAAGCAACCCCAAAACAUCAGGGAACCUUCGCCAUGUUUGACUGUGGGGACCCUAACCCUGCGGGACAGCUUGAACUUGUUUGGAUGUUAGUCGAGGUUCUUUAUCCAUCAUCCGCACAAUCUUUCGUUGAAAUCUCUCGUCCAUUUUUCUUUUCCGUCCACAUCUAGGGAGGUUAGCCACAGUGCCGUGGGCUUUACGCUUAUUGAUGACACAGGAACAUUCAGGUCUUUGGAAAUUGACUUGUAGCCUUAAGAUUUGCCCACGGUCUUUUGGUUUCUCCAUGCUCAAUGUGGUACACGCGAGGACAGAGGUUGAGUCAACUUGAAUCCAUUUUAAUUGGCUGCAAGUGUGAUCGAGUUAUUGCCACCACCUGUUAUGUGCCACAGGUAAGUAACAGGUGCUGUUCAUUACAUGAUUUUUUCAAAGGGUGCCAAUACUUUUGUCUGGCCCGUUUUUGGACUUUUGUGUAAAAUGAUCUUUUUUUUCCCCCCAUUCUCGUUUGUGUUUUUUCAUUACAAGCAAAGU